UUUUUGCAAAGGGAAAAGAGACUGGUUUGAGGGGAUCUAAUUUCUAAAAGUCGCCGUUGACUGGGGCUCAGUUUUAACGGUUUCGAAUAGAUUUUUGUAACAUUCCGGUCCCAGCGUAAAACGAGGGGCAACGGAUUUUUCAUAGACAAUAAAUCUUUAGAGGACAAGUUUAAAAACAAACAUUUUAACCAUUGGCUAGGGAUCCGCAGUGUGUGAACUGAAGUAUUGUUUUGGUUGUGGAAGCUGCGACAGGGGUCUUACCCAGGUCCCCUUUUUUGCUAUUCAUAUUCUCCAGAGUGGACUUAAAGCGGCCUUGUGGAUGCACUUAGAUGUCUGCAAUGACUGCUGUGGCUGGUAUGCCUCAGUGUUUUGGACUCCCUUUCUCUGGACUCAGUAGGACAAGAACUGAUCAGCAGAGAACGUCAUGAGCAUAGUCAUCCCAGUAGGGGUGGACACAGCAGACACCUCGUACUUGGAAAUGGCUGCAGGCUCAGAACCAGAAUCGGUGGAGGCCAGCCCUGUGGUGGUGGAGAAGUCCAGCUACCCUCACCAGAUUUACAGCAGCAGUUCUCACCAUUCCCACAGUUACAUUGGCCUGCCUUACGCUGACCAUAAUUAUGGGGCGCGGCCCCCACCUACGCCACCGGCCUCCCCUCCACCCUCCAUGUUGAUCCGACAAGGAGAGGGGGGGCUGUUUGUUCCAGGGGGACAGGAUGAAGCAUCCAGGGGCACCACACUCAGCACGUCAGAAGAUGGCAGCUACGGGGCUGACAUCACCCGCUGCAUCUGUGGCUUCACCCACGAUGAUGGCUACAUGAUCUGUUGUGACAAGUGCAGUGCCUGGCAGCACAUAGACUGCAUGGGCAUCGACAGGCAGAACAUUCCUGAGACCUACCUGUGUGAACGCUGCCAACCACGACACCUGGAUAGAGAGAGGGCCAUCUUGCUGCAGACCAGGAAAAGAGAGUGCCUAUCUGAUGGGGAUACGAGUGCUACAGAGAGUGGAGAUGAGGUUCCCCCAGAGCUUUACUCCACCUUCCAACACACACCUACCACCAUCACCCUGACAACUGGGCGCCUUGGCAAUAAGCAGGCUGAUAAGAAACGUAAAAAGAGUGGCGAAAAAGAGCCUCCAGCGUCCUCUGCACGAGCUAAGAAGGCCUUCAGAGAGGGAUCCAGAAAAUCCUCAAGAGUAAAGGGUGCAGCUCCAGAGCAGGAGCCAGCAGAGCACCCAUCUAUGUGGGAGAAUAAGAUCAAGACGUGGAUGGAGCGUUACGAGGAGGCCAGCAGCAAUCAGUACAGUGAGGACGUUCAGGUCCUGUUACGUGUUAAGGAGCAAGGCGAUGGCAAGAGCCUGGCAUACAAUACACAUCCAGCUUCUUUCAAACCCCCAGUGGAGGCUGUUUCUCUUGUUCAGAGUCAAGUUCAGAAGAACAAGAAAAUCCUCAAGGCGGUGCGAGACUUGGCCCCAGACUCCCUCAUCAUUGAGUACAGGGGAAAGUUCAUGCUUCGACAGCAGUUUGAGGCCAACGGAUACUUCUUUAAGAGGCCAUACCCUUUUGUGUUAUUUUAUUCUAAUUUUGACGGAGUGGAGAUGUGUGUAGACGCUCGCAGCUUUGGUAACGAAGCACGUUUCAUUCGCCGUUCCUGCACCCCCAAUUCUGAAGUGCGGCAUGUCAUUGAGGAUGGGAUGCUGCAUUUAUACAUAUACUCGCUAAGGCCUAUCAGCAAGGGCACAGAGAUCACAAUUGGUUUUGAUUUCGACUAUGGCAGCUGUAAAUACAAGGUGGACUGUGCCUGUGUGAAGGGGAACCAGGAGUGCCCAGUGCUGAAGCACAACCAAGAACCCACUGAAAACAUGGUUUCUGGAAGCAGGCGCAGAGGGUGUCGCAAGGACAAGGAGUCUGCCCGGGAUGACCAAGGCCAGAAUCAGAAUAUGGCUUUAGACGGCGAGGGGAAGGGCAAAAGCAUAGGCGACAACAAACAAAGAAAACUCUCCCCUCUCCGUCUCUCCAUCUCAAACAACCAGGAUCCUGAGUUAUUUGAGGAUCUAGAAGACAAAACCUCCGUUAGCAAUGAAGUAGAGAUGGAGUCAGAGGAGCAGAUUGCAGAGAGGAGGAGGAAGAUGGCCAACCCAGCGGAGCAGUCCCAUCUUCCUGUCGGGGCGGCUUCAAGCUGGAGGGGACUGAAACUCAAGGAGACACGAGAGGAGAGGAAGAUGGAGGCCAUCCUGCAAGCCUUUGCCAGGAUGGAGAAGAGAGAGAAACGGAGGGAGCAGGCCCUGGAGAGAAUUGGUAGCAUCAAGUCUGAAGUCGGAGGUCGCAGUGAGAUUAAAGAGGAGCCUCCUGCAACACCAGAGACGGUGGAUUCUCCAGCUGUAAUGCAGCCCCUUCUUGAGGUAAAGGAGGAGCCAGGACUAAAGCCGGCCAAAGUGAAACCCUCAAGAAACAGAAAAAGUUUCUCUAGGAACCGUACUCACAUUGGCCAGCAGCGUCGGCGAGCUCGCACCAUCAGCACCUGUUCUGACUUAACACCUGGCUCUCCGGCUGAAACUAUCGAACCUCUGACCAAUGAGGCCCCUGAAGGAGAGACUCCCACGGUACCGGAGCCAGAGGCCAUCUACUCACAGCCGCCUGACAGCAGCCCUCCGCACAGCAGUUCGCCUGCACCUGAAAGAAACCGCACAGGGAGCAAGAACUUCAAAACUAAAAAGCACUUUGUGAGUGAGUGGGUGGGAGAGAAACAGCAGGACCGUGGUGCAGUACGAACACCAGAACCAGUUCCAGAGAGGCCGCUGAGAAUAAGCAGUGACCCUGAAGUGCUCGCCACACAGCUGAACGCGUUACCAGGCAUGGCCUGUUCCCCGCAGGUCUACAGCACGCCCAAACACUACGUCCGCUUCUCGUCCCCGUUCCUGGCAAACCGCAGCCCCACCACUCCUGGAGUUCCCACAGGGAGACGGCGUUCCAGAGAGCUUCCAGAAACGCCACCAACUACUGGCUCCUGCAAGAAGCGGUGGUUGAAGCAGGCUCUAGAAGAGGAGGGUUCCACCAGCCCGGCCAGACGUCCAAGCCUUCUCAUGACAGGCGAUGGUCCUCUCAGCCCCUCCCUUAAUGGUGAUUCUGACAGCCCCCUCCCUUAUAAUGGCACCUGCUCACUGCCAGAAUUGCCUACUCCUCUAAAAAAGCGACGAUUGAGCCCGUUAGAUGCCUGCAUGUCUGAGAGCUCUACACCAUACGGUUCCCCUUGUGCCACGCCCACUCGUGCAGACCAAUCAGAAAUGCCUGCAACACCCAUCUUACUGACCACCCCACCGCGCCCCCGAACAGAGGAAGCCAGCACAGAGCCCGUGUCCAGCACCCCAACACACACACUUCAUGCUCCUCAGGAGAGUGAAUCUUCAAUGGAGAACUCACCAGAGGUCACCCGAAAGCCCUGUGUGCAAGAGGCCGAACAUCCUCCUUCACUGGUUUCGUCUCCGUGCGUCAGAGCCUCCAGUUCUGAUGGACUCAUAGCAGAAGUAAAGGUGUUGGUUCCAGAGAGUCCACAGCCUCCAGCUGUUGAGCCAGUGGACUGUGGGGAAGACAGGACAGAUGUUGGUGUUACAGAAGGCACUACUGAGGCUCCCUCAUCUGCAGACACGUGCCUCUCCUCUUAUUCUGGCUGGAUAAAAAGCCCAGACAGAGGCUCGACUGGACCAGCUGGUCUGAACUUCUCUCCAGUCAACUCAAACUUAAGGGACCUUACCCCCUCCCACACCCUGGAGCCUCUGGCAGCUCCCUUUAGGCCUGAGGCUGCAGCUGGGGCUGCAGUGGGGCCAGCAGCAGGAACAGGGUCACUGGCUGGCUCUCAGCCCCCGUUUAGUGAAGCCCAGGGACAGCUCUUUUACCCCUGCACUGAGGAGGGCGGUUCGGUCGGUUUCUCGCGGUCACUGAACGGGGAUGGCGCCAGCGAAGGAGGGGGGUCAGCACAGAACCCCCCACAGAAGAAAAAGGUUUCCCUGCUCGAGUACCGGAAGCGUCAACGCGAAGCUCGUCGCAGCGGCUCAAAGACUGAAUGCAGCUCCCCCGUUUCCACCGUGCCACCUCUUACAAUGGACGCCUUUCCUGUGGCUCUAGAGCCCUCCAGCGACUCUCCUCUACUUUGUGCUCCCACGGCUUCCUCCAACAACAGCACCUCUGUAAAGGAACCUCAAACCAGUGAGGAGUCGGAGCUCACUGGAGAGAAAGUAGAGAAGGAGGGAGGAGAGGGUCAAUGGACUUCUUCGACGUCUGUAGAGCAGGCUCGAGAGCGCAGCUACCACAGAGCUCUGCUGCUCAGCAAAGAUAAAGAUACAGAUGGUGAGACAGAAGGUGGAGACACACCUUCAGUGAGGGAAUGUGCAUCUCCAAGUCUUCAGAAAACCCCAACCCACACACCCUGCUCUCCUGGCCCCCUCCCCCAGCUUUCCAGUCGGCCAGCAAAGGAGGAAGAUGGCGAUGGUCAGCCUCGAACGCCAAAUCCGACCAGCCAGCUGCCAAGCAAGCCUGCAGGACCCAAGCCAGCCCCUCUGACCCCCACAAAACUGCCCCCCACCCCUUUGCCCUCCUCACCUGUCCACUAUUCUGGAUCCUCCCUCCUCCAUUCUCCCAAGCCUCAGCCUCAGGGCUCCCCCUACCGCAGUCAGAGGACACUGUUCUCUGGCCAGCCUCAAAAUCCACCCCAGUCCCAGGCUCAGACUGGCCCUGCCCCUUUCCCACAGUAUAACACACAGAGUGCUCCCCCACCACCUCCCCCUCCGCCACCAGCACCACCUGUCUCCACAGCCUAUUUUCCCAACCAGAACCCCUCACCUGCCGGACCUUUCCCUGGGUUUAAACCUGCCGUUACACCACCCUACCCCCCAGGUUCCCAAGCCCUGAUGCAAACUCUUCCCCACAGUGUUCACUAUCAAAGCUCAGCUGCUCCACCGCCACCGCCUCCUCCACCCCCCCAUCCAAUCCCCGGCCCUACCCUGCUGCACGUCAACUUGCAGCCGCCUCCCAUCCAGCAGCAUCAGUUGAUGCUGAGCGCAGCCCCUCCUCCACCGCCUCCACCGCAGGGCCAGACCUCCCAACAGCAGCAGCAGGCUCCCCCUAGCGCCACCCUUUUGUCCCUUACCCCUCCACCACCACCUCCCCCACCUCCCCCGGCCCCCACAUCCACCACCCCAAUGCAGCCCCACCACUAUCAGAACUUAGGGGGCUUUCAGCCAGCUUUGAUGCACCCUGGUGCUGCCACAAACCCUUCGGUACCCCCAUCCACGUACCCCCCACAGCUUCAGCAGACUGGACUGCCCCCACCACCCCCACCUCCUCCCCAACAGACUCAACAAGGCCAGGCCCAGGCCACUGCCUCCCAGAUGCCUUCUGGGACUCGCGGAGCUCCUGCGUCCACGACCCCCUUUCAUAACUCGGGGUACCUGAGCACAGGGUGGCACUGACUGGCACCCAGCAGCCCCGGAGACAGAACUCAGCCUGAGAGGGGCGUGUACCAUAAGCUGUAGAUAUGUUUUCUAUGUACCUGAACACAUGGCCAGUGGGAAAAACAGCUGAUUGUGGGGUUAAAAGGGUACUUAAAAAACAAAACAAAAACAAGAACAGACAUUUUAGGAAAAAGGACUGAAAUAAUCUUCUAGACAAACUGUAUGAAAACGGAGAUGGACUAUCCCUGGUGCUCAUAGCCCUCUUUCUGGCCUCCACUUGUUUUUUAUAAAGAAAGAAAAACUGUUCCGUCUUGUUUGGAAUCCCAUUGUAAGACCCCGCACUUUGUUUAUCAGUGGACAUUCCAGCUUAUAUCUUCCUCUUCCCCCUCUUCCUCCUCCUUUUGUCAGUUACUCCUUGUAUUUCCUCUUUUCUCUCGUCCAUUGUCAGCUCUGUACACCAUUUAUGUUUUAAUCUAGUGGCUCAUUAUAGCAAAGAGAGCUUUUUGUAAAGAGAAAAAAAACACAAUUAUUUUUUUUAUUCCUCUGUCUAACAACAAAUAUCUGUUCACCGCUGCAGAUUCAGGAAAGACCCAUUUUUAGGGCGCCUGCCUCACUGCCGCAGGAGGCUGCACUCGUGUGUGUGUAUGUGUGUGUGUGUGAGAGUUACAGCGUGAAUGGCAGCUUAGACGAGCGGAGUAUGUGUGAGAUUUUGUGGAACAAGUGCUUUUAGUCUUCUGAGGUAGGCAGAGCGGUCUCGCCUACGAGUAGGAUGUUAGCGGUUUAUUUUUGAAUAUCAAUGGUUAUUUGUAGAAAGUGUAAUACAAUGUAUAGGUGGUUACUUCAGCUUUCACCAGAAACAGGUUGUAAAUAUUUGCUUCUUUUCUUUUCUAUGCUUGUACAAUUCGCUCCCAUCCCAUUUUGAAUAUUGUUGUAAAUACGAGCGCUCUUCAAAGCUGAAUGUUUCUGUGACUGUAGCAUUAUUUUUAUUUUAUUUUUCCCCCUAUCGACUCUUCAACUUUGUCUUUUUUAUUAUUUGUGUGUGAGUGUAUGUUUGUGCAGAGGGGAGAGACUCACAGACACUGCACUGGUUGGCUGUUUUCAUGGUUCAUUAUAAUAAAUCACUGUAAUGACAGUUUUA